UAUGAAAAUACCGAAUCCUACUAAUUACGUCACUUUUGUCUUGAGCCGACUUCGCCGUCGGCCAGAAAGGGGCACCUGGCUCACGCCCGGGAGGCAUCCCGGUUCCAAAACGAAUACACAAGUGGGUGUAUGGAAAUCGAACAGCUAAUUGUGCAAAUUUGUUACCACUCAAGACCGUUUUGCGUGGCUGCUGGGGUGUAUUCAUUACGUCUUACAACGGAAACCGUUUAAGAACCAAACGGAAGCAAACAGCGCAAACGGGAACGAAACUGAGAGGGACAUACCAGAAUUUGGCCAAUAGAAAGUCGUUUUCAUUGCGAAACGUUUUCUGUUUGGAGUAAACGUUUUGCAACAGAAUUGGCGUAAUGAAUACAGCCCUGAUGUGUCUCUGUUUCAGUGUGUCUUCGACCGCAGAGAUGAGGCAUAUCACAGUGCGAAAAGCAGCUGAUGGCCGUGUUGUUUUAUCCAAGUGCCAGAAGUACCAAUUGUAUCAUUGCCCCUUCUGCCAGCCCUCCAUUUUCAAGCCCCGAGACUAUGCCAGUGUGUCGGCACACAUUGAGUCUCACAGAUUGAAGGCUGUGCUGCAUAGAGAGUUCACAAUAUUCAUCUGCCAUUUGGAGUGCAGAGCAGCAAAGCAUUUCCACUGCCCAUACUGCCCCAAGACCUAUGUAAAUAGGAGUGAUUUUACCAAACACAUUCCACAAUGUGAGUCAGUACGUGGGCGAGCCCCAGGUGCAACUGCCAGAGCCCCAGAUGUAACCAGUGCAACUGCAAGAGGCCCAGAUGUAACCAGUGCAACUGCGAGAGGCCCAGAUGUAACAAGUGCAACUGCGAGAGGCCCAGAUGUAACCAGUGCAACUGCGAGAGGCCCAGAUGUAACCAGUGCAGCUGUGAGAUGUCCAGAUGCAGCCAGUGCAGCUGCGAGAGGCCCAGAUGCAACCAGUGCAACUGCGAGAGGCCCAGAUGCAGCCAGUGCAACUGCGAGAGGCCCAGAUGUAACCAGUGCAACUGCGAGAGGCCCAGAUGCAGCCAGUGUAACUGCGAGAGCCCCAGAUGUAACCAGUGCAACUGCGAGAGGCCCAGAUGCAGCCAGUGCAAGUGCGAGAGGCCCAGAUGCAGCCAGUGCAAGUGCGAGAGGCCCAGAUGUAACCAGUGCAACUGCGAGAGGCCCAGAUGCAGCCAGUGCAACUGCGAGAGGCCCAGGUGCAGCCAGUGCAACUGCGAGAGGCCCAGGUGCAGCCAGUGCAACUGCGAGAGGCCCAGAUGUAACCAGUGCAACUGUGAGAGGCCCAGAUGUAACCAGUGCAACUGUGAGAGGCCCAGAUGUAACCAGUGCAACUGUGAGAGGCCCAGGUUCAGCGUGUCCAGCUGUGAGACCUGCAAGCAAGAGGAAAAUCAAAUGUCGUAACUGCAGUUUAUGGCUUAACAAAAAUAACCUGACGAAACAUCAACUAAGGAAGCAUACAUCUGCUGAGAAGGACAUUACAGCUCACUCCAAUCUCAAGAGUCAGUGCUUUGUCCAGGACAAUUGGGUGUUUGCAGAGGAUCAACACAUUUUCCCUGUCUCUCCUUCUCCUGCGCUCAUUCGGGAAAUGCUUACCAAGCAAGAGGUGAUACUGGAACAACAGACACUCAUCCUACGACUGUUACAAACAGGACAGCAAAAUGGAGCAGAAUAUGCGAUUGAAGAAGGCCUUCUGCCGUUGAAGGAUCAGCAAGGUCUCCAGAGCCUGGAAACUGAUCUUCAGGGGGCUGACUUCAAAGUUAAACUGAUUAACCACUUGAGCCUAAUUGGGGGAUGCGAUGUGAAAGAUGCUGUGUGGCGUUUAAUGAGGCGCACAAUUUCCAAUGCGCUGGCAAAAAACAUGAAUUGGAGAGGAGUAAAUCGGAAAAUCUCUCUUGCAUCCCUUCAACUGAGAGAGGUUUUGAUUGCUGUUGUCCGGAAGAAUCCGUUAACAUCUAGAGCGUCCGAAAGUGAUGUGGAGUCGGUCAUGAAAAAGUGGUUGCAGCUGGCGGCAUACCGGGAAGGAGGAAGAAGGAGACGAGACAGGAGUGUGGCAGCCCCUGUGCCAUGAUGGACUUGGGGAAAAGGGUGUAUUUAAGUGAUAGUGCCCAAGAAGCCGUGGUUUGGAUGAUAUAUUUGUCAAGGGCCGGCAAACCGUGCCAAUAUAACCUCCAAAUCACGGCUUGGAGGGCAUUAUCACUUUUAUGCAACGGUUACUGACAUAUUCAAAUAAUGAUUGACAUAUUUUCAUUCAACUUUAUUUUGAUGAAUUUAUUCAUACUAUUUCCUUCCUUCCAUGAGAUAUAGUCCCGACACAAAUCUAAGCUGCUUGUUGCCAACCAAGCCAACUGGUCAUUAGUUCUAUGUGUUCUAUGCCAAGCUAUCUAAGCUAAAUGGCUAUACUAGACAAAAGAAAGAUAUAAGGAUGCUCUGACGAAGGCAUAAUUGCCGAACCACGUUAGCCUGCUCGGCCAAAAAUAAAAUGGUGAAAUGA